ACAGGUUUUACGGUCUAACCACAUACAUUACAAAAAUGUACAAAAAAUUUUAGUUUUUUUGAGUUUUUGAUAAAUGUGAAAUACUGUGAAAAAAUUAGUUUUUUUUUUGUAAAUCCAAAUUUCAUGCAAGUCAAAUAAUUCUAUUUCGUGCGUAAAUUUUAGUAGUUAUAACAAAACAGACGCAUUUAUAUGGCGGAUGCAAAAGAGCAACCAGAAUGGGGCAUAAAGCUCUCAAAAUUCUUUGUAUUACCCCAACGCUGGAUUCUGGCCAUCAUGGGAUUCUUUGCCAUCUUUAAUGCAUACACCAUGCGGAUAUGUCUAUCCCAGGCCAUCACAGUGCUGGUGGUGAAGAGGAAUUAUACUAUUUUCCACACCGAAGCGAUAUGUGAACCGGAUGACCAGUCUGAUCCCUCGAGCACUUUCGAGGGAGGCGACUAUGAUUGGUCGCAGGAGAAACAGGGUCUAAUCCUGGCCUCUUUCUACAUUGGCUAUAUUGUAACUCAUUUGCCUGGUGGAAUUCUGGCUGACAAAUUUGGCGGAAAGUGGACACUGAGUCUUGGAAUCUUUUUUACGGCUAUUUUUACAUUGCUGACACCCGUCUGCAUUGUUUAUGGCGGUGCCGAUGCAUUAAUUGUCCUCCGCGUACUUAUGGGACUCGGUGAAGGAACCACUUUCCCCGCACUCAGCGUUUUGCUAGCCAGCUGGGUACCGGCAAACGAGCGAGGAAUGCUGGGAGCCCUUGUACUCGGCGGUGGUCAGAUGGGUAGUAUUGCUGGUAACAUUAUUUCUGGCUAUGUACUCAGCUCCAUGGACUGGCCAUGGGUAUUCUAUGUUUUUGCGAUCAUCGCCCUUGUCUGGUUUGUCGUUUUCACGCUAGUGUGCUUUAGCAGUCCAUUCACUCAUCCAUAUAUCAAGCCAGAGGAACGUGCGUUCUUGGCACAGGAGGUACCGCCGCCGGAUAAGAACAAGCCGAAGACACCAUUUUUUGCCAUAUUAACAAGCAUACCCAUGUGGGCAUUGAUCAGUGCUCAAAUCGGACACGAUUGGGGUUUCUAUAUUAUGGUCUCCUACCUGCCAAAGUAUAUGUCGGAUGUGCUGCGGUUUUCGAUUAAGUCGAAUGGUCUCUACUCCUCACUGCCCUACGUUACCAUGUGGAUCAUGUCGCUGCUCAGCGGCUGUGUGGCCGAUCAAAUGAUCAAACGCAACUGCAUGAGCACCACAAACACGCGCAAAAUAAUGACAGGAGUGGCCGCCUUUGGACCGGCUGUCUUCAUGGUAGCUGCAUCCUAUGCUGGAUGCAAUCGAGGCAUGGUCGUUGCUCUAUUCACAAUUACCAUGGGUCUGAUGGGCACCUACUAUGCUGGCAUGAAGCUCACGCCAUUGGACAUGAGUCCGAAUUAUGCUGGAACUCUGAUGGCCAUUACCAAUGGCAUUGGUGCGAUUACGGGCGUGGUAUCACCAUACUUAGUUGGUGUAAUGACACCGAAUGCCACCCUCUUGGAGUGGAGAUUAGUCUUCUGGGUCGCAUUUGGCGUUCUUGUCGUCACGGCGAUUGUGUAUUGUAUUUGGGCGUCCGGCGAUGUGCAACCCUUCAAUGAUGGCACCAAUUCAAACAAGAAGAAGGAUGCCGCCUGAACAUAAAUGGUUUUUUUUUUUUUAUUAAACAUGGACUUUUAGUUUAUGG